UAGCGUUUUUAUUACGAGUUAAUUGAGUCUGGAAUCGUUUGUAAUUUAUCAAAUGCUGAUACGUCAUUGUUGAAAAACUAAAUUGUGUUGACAGUUGACACUUAGUAGUAAGAGUAACUAUUAUAAUAUUACCUUGUAACUUGUGGUAGUAAUAAUUAAAUAAAAUCAUACAAUGAGUACUAUGGAAGAAAUUGAAGAAGAGUCCAAAGCAGCAGCAGAGAAGAUGGUCAUGAAUAUGAUGCAAAGACCAGGGCAGCUUGAGAAGGUAGAGCAAUAUAAAAAAAGAAUUACUCAUAAGAAAGCCUCUAUAGAAGCACAACUGAAGUCAGCAGUUCAAGGAAAGCUAGAUGGGGUUAGCGUUGGAUUAAAACAAUUACAAGAGUGUUUGGAUGACAUUCAUUUAAUAAGUAACAAAAUGGAUGAACUAGAAGAUCUGUUGAAAGGUGUACCACCGUUAGUGGCGUCAUUACAAGCAGUGAGGGAAGAGGAUUCACGUCACUCACAGUACGUGACAGCAAUGGAUAGCUUAAAACAUAUAUUUACAGUUCCAGAGAGUGUGGCUAAAACAAAACAAUGGAUAGGAGAGGGAAAACUAUUGCAUGCCCAUCAGUGUUUAAGUGACUUGGAGAAUUCAAGAGAUGAUCUCCUAUAUGAGUUACACAGGUUACCGAAUCAGUCGUCACAUGAUAAGAUCAUGCUCAAGGCAUAUUUUGAAGAUGUGGAGAUGGUAUCAAAUUUGCUUGAGAAACAGAUAAAAUUAAUUUUAGCCAGAACUUUGAACACGGUUAGGAAGGAACCGACGGUCAUUGUGACAGCUCUAAGAAUAAUUGAGAGAGAAGAAAAAAGAGACCAAAUGGCAUUGCAGCAACAGGAUCAAUCUGGUUUCAUGCCUCCGGGUAGACCUAAGAAUUGGCGGACCAAAGCUUUCGAAGUCCUAGAAUGUGCUGUUGCUCAACGGGUUGAAGGCACCCGUGUUGAUGAAAGGGAAGAUAAUAAGCUAUGGCUGAUAAGAUACUUGGAGUUAACGAGACAACUCAUACUGGAAGACUUGAGAGUUGUUAAGACAUUAUGUGUGCCAUGUUUCCCUCCGCACUAUGACAUUGUCAAUAAAUACGUGAACAUGUAUCACACUUGUUUGUCAUCUAGUUUGCAAGAUAUAGUACAGAACGGUUUAGAGGGUAAUGAGUAUGUAACACUACUGUCUUGGAUCCUGAACACAUAUGCUGGCACAGAAUUGAUGGGGAGUCCAGAGGUUGCCAUCGACGUUUCAACUUUACCACCAUUACUCAGCGAUGAUAUUAUGCAGAAAUUACAAGAUGAAUAUUUACAAAAAAUGGAAGCUAAUUAUAUGGAGUGGAUGGAGAAGGCGUUGUCCACGGAGCGCGCUGGCUGGUCUGCGGAGCGCCCGCCGGAUGUAGAGCCUCACACGAACGCGUUCCACACACACGCACCGCUCAUCAUAUUCCAGAUGAUCGACCAGAACUUGCAGGUUACCGAGACUAUCAGCAAGGAUAUAACCUUCAAGGCGUUGUUGCUGAGCAUCGAUCAGGUCACACGUUUCGGUAACAUGUACAGAGAGGGCGUUAUACAAUUUAAGAACACUCACUUCUCGGACCGUUCCCGCAUGGCGUACUUCACACACCACAUGAUAACUAUAGUGAACAACAGCGAGCAGAUGGUAAGGCUCGCACAGCAGACGCAGAGCCGCCGCUGGCCGCCGGCCAAGCACCAUCCGCCCGCUGAACGGAGUUUCGACAAACUGCUGACAACCUUCCAGAAUCUGAGAGAUGAAGCAGCAAAGUUCUUACUGGAGGAAGCUUUUUUGGAUUUGGAAGAGCAUUUCGACGACCUCUUUACUGUUAAGUGGUUAGCUUCGACCAUACCUGUGGAUACGAUCUGCGUCACUCUAGAAGACUACUUCCAGGAUUACAACCACUUGAGAGAGAAGAAUUUCGAAUAUGUCAUAAAUGAGGCCCAGAACCUCGUGUACAGGAAAUAUAUAACCGCAAUGCUCUCAAAGAAAAUAACUUUCAAAACGUCCGAGGAGGCCCAGCAGGCAGCUGUGAAAAUUGUCAAAGAGGCGAACCAAUUGCGCUCGUUCUUCAGAAAAAUUGCUUUGAAUGCUGAAGGCAUCAAUGUAGACUGGCCCUUCGAAGUUAUCAGUUUAUUGGCUGAAGUACUUCGUUGUCAGGACAUCGAGAUGCUCUCGCUAGACCUGCACAGUCUGCUGGAGAAGUGUCCGUCCAUGUCCGAGGAGCAGAUGGUCCGUCUGCUGGCCCUACGAGGAGAUGUGCCUCGCUCGCACGUGCGGGACACAGUGACCCAUGUGCGGGCCGCACGGCAGCCGCCCCGCGCGCCCCCUCACCCCGCCAUCACACAGCUCUUCAAGGACAUCACCUUCAACGAUCGUCUGCUGUCUCAUUUCACUUUAUGAGUGUGAGCAGGACAACAAAUAACCCGACUGAACUUACAUCCGCGGACCUUCAGUGACCUGUCACAUUCUACUUUUUAAAUAUGAAGAGGACAUUAUAACGACUAUUCUUGGCGCCUUACGUCAUCUGUCUCAUUUGAUUUUAUGAGUGUAACGAGGACAACAAAUAACUUGACUGAACUUAAAUCCGCGGACCCUCGGUGACCUGUUUUAUUUUUCUUUUUAAAUUUGAAAAGGACAUUAUCACUACUCUUCUUGGCGCCUUAUAUCAUGUGUCUCAUUUGUUUCUAUGAGUUGGAGGAGGACAGCAUGUUUGCACUUACACCUCUCGACAAAUUAUCGUCUCUUUAAGUAUCGGCCUCUGUUAUCUGUCUACCCUCAACUUAUGAGUAUAAAGAUUUGCCUUUUAGAAGUAUUGCCUGCUGGAUUCAGCAAAAAUAUCCGAUUUACGGAUGUUAUAAUGAUGGAAUCGGUCACAGGAUAAAAGACGCCUAAAUACCAAAUAUUAAUUAAUUUGAAUUCGUCUUUGUGUCUGCUCGAUAUGAUAAGUUAUUUAUUCCAAUAACGUCAAACCAUAGAUCGAUUGCAUUCUACUGAAUGUUUAAAAAGUAAAAACUGUUAUUAUACUAUACUAUUAUUAUUCAAAGAUGUUGUUAUAAAUUAAAUUUAUAAUAAAACUUAUAUGUAA